UGUUUUGAUUAGAAACAGUUGUGUUAUACGCAGUCAUCCUUGACGCAGUUCCGAUAUAUGUAUUUAUAAAUAAAUCCUUAAAGCAAAUAAAAUGUCGGAGAGUGCCAAUUUACGACAAAAUUUACAAAAUGUUCCAUCAAUAUUUGAGAUAAGUGCCGCUGAAACUCUGGAUUCUCUUAUCUAUCCAGCACUUAGUAAAAUAUUUGAUUACCUUAAUUUUGGAGUGGACUUCAACCUUUUCGGUGUUAACAUGGUAAAAGGAGAGGUGUCAGCUAUAUUGACAUGGGUGCUCCAAUAUUUAUAUUUGCGCAACAGAGACUCUUCAUUUGGAGAAAGUUUCUAUGGUUUGCAGCGAACAGGCAUUACAUCAGGCGAAUUAAUGACGAGGCAGCAGAAAGUGUUAUCUGCUAGUAUCUUAACACUAAUGCCAGUUUUAGAGCAGAAGUUAAAAACACGUAGUGCUCAUCACGAAGAUAUUUCAAUUUGGGAACGACAAUUGCUUUAUGCUCUUCGUGCGUACCAUGCUUCUAAAGCGAUACACACCUUCCUAUAUCUAAUAAAAUAUGCCGGAAGCCACUCUCCUAUUUUUCAAGCAUUAAAUUUAUCAUUGAGAUACCCUAACGAACCACCAAAAGACGAUAAGACCACAUAUGUGUUUCUUAAGUUACUCGAAUUUUUUGCUUUCUUUCUCCAAUUCAUACAAUGGUGGUAUUCUAACGAUCAGCGGCGCAAAAUAGGAGGAACCUUAAAAAAUCCAGAGCCAUUUAAAAAUAAGCCUAACGUGUCAAGAGAGAAUACACUACCAAAAGGUGAUUGCCCGGUGUGUCUCAUGAAAAUUCAAACACCCACCGCGUGCAGCAUAUCUGGAUACGUAUUCUGCUGGAAAUGUAUAAUUUCCCACUUGAAAGAACGUUCUACUUGUCCAGUUACUGGAUACAAAAUAACACUUGAUGACUUAGUUCGAAUUUACGAAAUAUGAUAUUAUAUUAAUCUCUAUUGCUUAUCACGCAUUAACGAAUUUAAGCAAUAAAUUUGAUAUACAGUAGGCUUUAGUGUUACUGUUUUCGUGGCUGUGGUUUGAAUGUACCUACAGUGUUUGCUCAAAAACAAAAAGACAAUAAAGGAUAUUUAAUAUAAUAUCUCAGUUAGAUUUAUUAUUGCUAUCUACUUAUAUGAUUUUAGCACUAAAAAUGUUUUGAGCAAAAUAUAACAUACCAAGCACGUACAUACAUAUGUAUGUGCACUGUUUUGAGCGUACAUUAAUUUGUUUAUUAUUUAUAAUUCACUUCUAACCUUUGUGUAAAAAAUAAGUUUUUCAUUUGUAAAGUUAAGUAAUCUUUUGACUUAAUAUAUGCAUAUGUAUACUUGCACUUAAGGUGCCGGAAUAAAAAAAGAUAUAUACUAUUGCAAUUGUAACAAUUAAUUAAAAUUGAGAUAAGUAAAGCCCUCGUUCCCAGUCAAAGGUAACGUGCAUAGCAUGGAAAUCCCAGUAUGCAGUCAUAUGAUAAGCCAUAUUUGUUAGCACAACGACAUACUCGAAAAGAGCAAAAAAUGUGUAAACUAAAUAAAAAGAUACAAAGUACAUUUGUUA